CGACGUUGAAGUGACGGGGUGAAGUCAUCCCAUCAGUAUUCGGAUCCUAUCUGGUGACCACCAACAUUGAGAUCGUCCUCUUUAACAAGCCGACCGGUAGUUCAUUAUCCAAUUUCCCUUCCUGAGCUGAACCGAGUGUCCUGAUGGUGACAGCUGUAUACGACGUCGUGAUCGUGGGUGCUGGCCUCAUGGGCAGCGCUGCCGCCUACUACGCUGCGAAACAAGGCAAACGUGUGCUGGUACUGGAGCAGUUCGAGCUGCUACACGGCAAAGGCUCCAGUCACGGCACCAGUCGCAUCUUUCGCGUAGCCUAUCCGAACGACGUUUACACGAAGUUGAGCCUCCAGUCCCUCAAGCUGUGGCAAGCCAUCGAGAAGGAGAAUAAUCUCGAGCUCAUCCGAAUGACGGGCGAACUGGACUUCGCCCCAACCUGGAACGACGAUCUCCAAGGUCUCGAAGAGACUUUGACGAGGUUCAAGGUGCCGUUCGAGGUGCUCAACGCGGCCCAAGUGAACCAACGCUUCCCCGGGUUCUCCCUGCCAACCAACAGUCAUGCAGUGUACAACCCGUUGGCAGGUGUGCUGAACCCCACACUGGCGAUGGCUACCAUGCAGAAGGUGGCCAAAGGACUGGGAACCGAGUUCCGUGAGCACAGUCUAGUCAAGAGUGUGGAGGGCGAGCAUCAAGCCGGAGGAGCCCCGCUCGCUGUCGUCACGCUGGCCAAUGGAACGGUAGUGCGUGGCCGUCAGUGCAUCGUCACUGCUGGUCCAUGGACGGAGAAGCUCUUGAAGCUAUCCGGAUCGGAUAAUGUCAAGCUGCAGCCGAUCGCGACGUUCGGAGCUUAUUGGAGAUGCAAGCAGGAGCUGUACACACCCGACAAGUUCCCCGUGUUCAUUAAGUACGGAUACCCAGAGGUCUAUGGCUUGCCAAUGAUGAAUGCUCAUGAAGGAGUGAAGAUCUGCCGCCAUGACGGACCGGAUGUCAAUCCGGAUGAACGUCAGGGAGUGGAUCAACCUCAGAACGAAGAAAAAUGGCUUCAGGCUUUCGUCGCUGAGAACUUUUCGAGCGUGGACUCGAGCUCGCCUAACCAAGUGGACCACUGCAUGUACACCAUGACCCCAGACUCCAACUUCAUCCUCGACUUCCUUCCGGUACCUGCGAGUAAAGCUUCCCCCACUGCGACGAAGAGAAUUGUAGUUGGUGCUGGCUUCAGUGGCCACGGAGCGAAAAUGACUCCAGUGAUCGGUAAGAUGCUCGCUGACCUGGCGAUCAAGGGAACGACGAAUCACCCCACUGAGGUGUUUCGCAUCACGAGAGAUGCACCUCCUCAGGAGCACUACUCGUUUCCAAGGAGCAGCUUGUGAUCGGAUGGUAAGUUUCGUCAAAUUGGGACUUUAUUCUACCUCUCGCCUGAAUUUGUACGAACAAGCUUGUGUCAAUCCGUAACCACGAAGAAAAUAAUGCCAUGUUUAGUUUGUUUCGAGAAGA